AGAGAGACCAAAUAAAAAUUUCUAGAUUGAUGAUGGCGUGUGAGAGAGCAAAAUACGCUUUGAUUAUUUGCCGCCGCAAGCAAAGGGGUCACGUUCCACUAACUUUCAAGAUUCAACAAAACCCACUUUGUGUUUCCUUUUUUAUAUUUCUUCAUAUUCCUCUUUUUGUGUUAUCUUUUCUAAUAAACUAACUAAUCUUCUUCUGUAAGAAGAUAUUCUCCAGAAAAGAAAAAAAAAAAAAAAUUCUGUAAGAAGUCUUUCGGCUUUUCAACAAACUCCAGAGUUUUUGCAAUGAACAGAGGAAAUAAAAGUAAUCAGCAACCUUCAUAUAUCGCUGAUCAUUUCAGCAGCUUGGGUCAGGUGAUAACUUCUCUGAGAGAAGCUGGACUUGAAUCUUCAAAUCUGAUUCUAGGAAUUGACUUUACCAAGAGCAAUGAAUGGACAGGAAGAUACUCAUUCAAUAGAAAAAGCCUUCAUGCCAUUGGUAAAAGACAGAAUCCAUAUGAGCAAGCAAUAUCUAUAAUUGGUCGUACUUUGUCUCCCUUUGAUGAAGAUGAUCUUAUACCUUGUUUUGGUUUUGGGGAUGCAACAACACGCGAUCAAUAUGUAUUCAGCUUUUAUCCCGAGAACAAAAGCUGCCAAGGAUUGGAAAACGCUGUUAAACGAUAUAGAGAGAUUGUUCCACAUUUGAAGUUAUCUGUUGAGCAGAACAAUAUGCAAUACCAUGUUCUCGUCAUUAUUGCAGAUGGUCAGGUCACAAGGAAUCCAGAUGUUCCACUUGGUCGACUUAGUCCACAGGAAGAAGCUACUAUGAACUCUAUAAUGGCAGCUAGCCAUUACCCAUUGUCAAUCGUCUUGGUUGGAGUUGGAGAUGGACCAUGGGAUACAAUGAAACAGUUCGAUGACAAUAUCCCUCACCGUGAGUUUGAUAACUUCCAGUUUGUAAACUUCACAAAGAUAAUGUCGGAGCACAAAGAUGCGGCGAAAAAGGAGGCUGCUUUUGCACUCGCAGCUCUCAUGGAGAUCCCUUUUCAGUACAAGGCUACAUUAAGUCUCAAUAGAAAGCCAGAGCGCAGAUCUUAUCUGCCCCAUAAUCCACUGCCGCCACCACCGGAGGUUAUAGAGCGUGACAAUGCUAUUAGAUCGGUGCCACAUCCUAUGACAGAAACUGCAGAGAAAAGUGACAGAACGGCUCAUGCUACAGCGCCGGUAUGCCCGAUUUGCUUAACGAAUCCAAAGGACAUGGCUUUUAGCUGCGGUCAUACGACAUGCAAGGAAUGCGGCGUGAUUGUCACAACAUGCCCAAUGUGCAGACAACCUAUAACAACAAGGAUAAGGCUGUACACUUGACUCAGUAAAACUCUGGGCAACUUAAGGACGCUAGAGAUGAGGCAGAAGCCAUAUGGUUAACUGGUUACGCACUUGAGAUUCAUGUUCAUACUUGUGUAGCACCUUGUACAGUCCAACCAGAAGAAUAAUAAUACCUAAAUCUUGAGUUGUAGUUCGUAAUUUCGUAUGUAUUGCAGUGGCAUAUGGAUAUAAUAAAUUCCCAAAAUUCUUA